AUGCCCUCAUUGAACAUGCUACCAGUAGUGUUAAAAAGGAAGAUUACCGAUCAAGUCAACAUUGAAGACCAAGAUGCUCUCGUUCGUGUUAACAAAGGGUUCCGGACGUAUUUACGUGCCGAUCGGAGAGUGUUCAAUUUAGUUAGAAUUUGUCUGGACGAGAACGAGGCUGUUUUAUGUAAAGUUUACAAAGACACUAAAGAAGAGAAAAUCAUCAUAACCACACGUGAUGGAGGAUGUAUUGUUGAUAAAAACGGAGAAACGACUACCUAUGAGAACUCAAUGAUUGACCAAGUUCUGAUCGAAUUCCGAGAAACUAUCAAAAAACGCGGCACAAAAAUAGCCGACGUGACAGUGAAGUUCAACAGCGAAAUGCAAGGUGGCGACAAAAUGUUUUUCAAAGGAGUGUGUGACGUCUUCUCGGAACUGAAAGAACCUUUGCAUGUGGAAAAGCUUGAUUUACGUACCAUUGAAACAAAUAAAAUGAAUUCAAUCCUGCGAAACAUCAAAAUUGGGGCUCUGAACAGUUUAACGUACGAAGCAAUUGAUGUUCACACGAUUGACAUGCGAGAUCUUAACAAUUUAGACGACCAUGUGCCGUUUCUAAGAACGUUGGCGAUUCUGUCACUCUCUUUCAAAAACGUUCCUCUCUCGAACUUUGCGCAUAUUUCUUGUAUUUAUCUCAAAGCUGUGAUUUCUCAACAGGAACUCUCCGAUUACAAAAAUAAAUUGAUCAACUCUUCUAUUGGGCCCUAUCAUACUCUUGAGACAACUCUGACUACAGAAGAAAUCAAAGAAGCUUUUCGUCCCUAUGAAACAAUCAGUCCUGGUAUCAAUCAGUUUGAGGGUAGCUUCCGUCAUUCCCUUCUAGAUAAAAAAAUCAACUUCACCACAACUGAUGGUUUAGUAUUACUGCGUUUUUUCUGA